AUGCCAUCUUUAAGCUUAUCUUCUGCUUGUACUAAAACAACUCAACUUCAAAAAGGCAAAAGGAGAUUAACUGAUCUGGCAUUAGAUUGUCUCAGAUUAGACAUUGUUAAUAGUCAAGAAACUAAUAAUAAAAAUAAGAAUAAUAAAUCUAAUGAUAACCUUAAUCAGCGAAAGAUGUCUCGGACAUACGAGUUUCCACCCACAUUAAAUCCAAUAGCUUAUACUAUAGUUAUCCACGUUCCUUUCUUUGCAUUUAUUCUCUUAUCUCUCAAGCCCGUAACUAGUAAACCCCUUACCUUUAUACUUUGUAUUAUAACCGUUGUUCAAGCACUGAUUCCCUUCAUAUAUCAUGGAAAAUAUGACCCACUAAUGCACUUCAAUACAGCAGUAUUUGCAACGUUUUACUCUUUUAAAAUGAUGAUAUGGUUGAAAAAAAAUUAUCAAUCUUCCGUUAAUUCAAAAGUUAAAGUUCCUUCAUUCAUCGGUUCAUUAUGUAAUUGGCGUCUUAAAUCAGUAACUAUUCCUGAUGAAUCGAAAUAUCAAAAAUAUAUUGAUUCAAUCAAAUUUUCAGAUCUUAACCGAAAGAUGAUUAACAAUACGAUUAAACUUAUUAUAAAAUCUUUACUUCUUGAACUUUUAUCUGAAUAUUUAAAAAACAACGAACCAAUAAUUUCAAAAAGAUCAUAUGGAUUACGGGUUUUAGAUUAUCUUAGAACUGGUCAUCCAUUUAUUGAAACAUAUACCUUCUUUUUUUGCAUUCUUUAUAUAAUUCGUGCAAUUUUAUUCUUUUCACAAUCGUGGAAUGUUUAUUGUAUCAUCUAUGGGAUAAUUUUAAGACCUUUGUUAUCUAACGACAUUGAUAAAAAUAAAGAUAAAAACAGAAAACAACGAGAAGAAUCAACAUCUCUUAAAAAAAUCAUUAAAGAAUGGUUAAUUCUUUCAAUAUUCUAUACAAAACCUUUAAUAGGUCAUCCUUAUUUUUCAACGAGUCCUCGAGAUCUAUGGUCCAAUCAAUGGCAUCAAUUAUAUAACCAAUUUUUUCAGGAAUUUGGCUACCUUCCAAUCAGAAAUUAUUUUAAACACAACGAAACGCUUGGACACGUACUUGGAAUAUGUUGUUCGUUUAUGAUAAGUGGUUUAUUUCAUGAAUAUUUAGCAAUAGUGUCUUUUAGUUAUUUUUCUAUAGAUUAUAUAACCUUUUUCUUAUUUCAUGGAAUACUUUAUGUUUUGUGGGAAAUUGUUGGUAAUAUUUUAGGAAGAGGGAAGGAUUUUAAAGAUAGUUUUGGAAUCAAAGUUUUUAAAUUUUCUUUGUUUAUGCCAAUUGCGAUCUUUAUUUUGCCACUGUUUGUAGAACCUUAUAUUAAGGGACUAUAUAUCGAAUCGCAUCUUAAUAUAUACACUAAUUUAACAAAGUGGUGGUCUAAUUGGAAAACAAUCUAA